AUGGGUUGUUUGUUUUCAAAACAAGAUAAAACGGGUACUUCAUUUAAAGAUUCUUUAAAAAAGAAGAUUAGUCAAAGUAAAAAAUAAGCAGCAGAAAUAAGAGUAAAAACCUAAGAAAAUAACCUAAAUACUAGCAAAUAUAGCUUUAAUUUGCAAGUUUCCAAGAGUCUUGAAAGGGAAUAAUUAGGUAGUAAUUUAGAUUUGAAAAUUAACGAACAAGAUGGCAGUGUUUUUAAAAAUUACACUCUUAUUGAUUCUAGGUUUAAAGGAUGUUAAAGUAAAAGAUUUUUUUAGCUUAGACUCACUUAUUAAUUAUUGUAUAGUUAGCCAUAAUCUUACAUAGUCUGUAAGAUACAUUAGAUAACUAAAUUGGGACUGCCUUACAAAACCAGCAAUAGUGGAGUAUGUCUAAAAAAAGAAAUUAGUACAAUAUAUAUUUGAAUUAGGAACACAUAAACUUGCCAGAAAUAUAUGAAAUCUAUAGUGAUCCUAAAAAUUAUUAUCUGAUUGAGGAUUAUUGCAGUGGGAAUACAUUGUCAGCUUAUUUAAGAGAAAACGGAUCAGUUUCAGAAUAAAAGGGUAUACAAAUUAUGUAUUAAAUGCUGACUCUUUUUGAAUAUUUACAUAGUUAACAUUUAUAUCAUGGAGAACUUUAGUUAGAAUCAUUUAUGUUUUCUGAUGAAUCUCAGAAUCCAGUAUUGAAACUUGUUGACAUUGAGCCCUUAUUCUCAAAAACUGUUUAUCAUAAAGAAGGGGAAUAAGUAUAUUAUUAUUCUCCAGAAUUCUGUAAAACAAGAUAAAAGUAAAAAUAAUGUGAUAUUUGGGCAAUUGGAAUGAUAGGAUAUUAAUUAUUAACUAAUUAUCAUCCAUAAAAGAGUGGUACACAAUUAACUAUUUAAUAAAUUACUAAAAAUAUUAUACGUGGAGGUAUGAGGUUAGAUUGUAUUGAUUUUGAAAGAUUUAGUGAUAAUUGCAAAAGCUUUAUAAGAAAAUUACUAACAUAUGAAUCUAAAUAGAGAAUUUCUAUUUAAUAAGCUCUAGAAACAACUUGGAUAAAAUAGAUUAAUAAUUCAUAAAAAACUGUAGAAGCAUUUUAAUAGAUGAGAAAUGUUAAAAAAUUAAAAAAUAUCAAUAAUGUUUAAGCAUGUAUUUUAUUAUUGAUGGUUAAUCAUUUCAAUUAACAAUAAAAACUAUUUUUUGCAUCUAUUUUUAAUACAUUUGAUACUAAUAGAGACUAAAAGAUUAGUUUUGAUGAAUUAUAAGAAGCAUAUCGAUCACUUUACCCUGGAUAAAAUUAUGAAGAGAUAAUUGAAUUGUUUAAAAAAGUUGAUUUUGAUAAAAAUGGGUUUUUAGACUUUCAUGAAUUUAUUAUUGCAGCAGUAGAUAAAGCUUCACUUUUAACAAAUUAACAUUUAUUAGUAACUUUUAAAAUGAUAGAUAAAAAUCAUAGUGGGAAAAUUAGUAUAGAUGAAAUUCUAAAUAUAUGUUCAUUAGAUUAUAAUUGUGUGAAAUUCAACUUUGAUAAGACAUCUAAAGAUUAAAAUAAUAAUGUAAUUAUUUCAUUAAACAAUAGAUGACAUUUACCUAAUUUAAAGAGUUAAUGCUUUCUCUUCUCUGA